CAUCAGGUUAUUCUUCUGCAGUUGGGGGCAGUGUACAGGACAUGAUGCAGCAAGGAUUUGCCAUACAGCAUCAGAACGCAAGUUCUUAUGAGAGAGAAUUAUCCCACAAUUCCUCUUAUGUAUUCAUGAGGAGAAAGUAGAGGGACACAGAUGCAAUCAUGGCUUCUAAUAGAGUCAAAUACAGAGUCUGAAAGAUUACAAGAUUUAUUUCAACAGCUCCUGCUUCUCGACUGUCAACAGCUGAGAUUGUUCAGAUGCGCAAUGAACUCUUCACUAAGGAGAAAGAGAGACAGUUGUCUCUGUAUCCACGAAUUGAGAAGAUUGAAGUAAAAUAUGUUGGCAAAUCUCAUCCUGGCACUUUGUUUGUUAUGAACAAAGCUUUGUCUACUCCAUACAGUUGUGCCAUGCACUUAAGUGAAUGGCAUUGUAAGAAAUCCGUAUUGGCACUUGUGGAUGGAGAGCUUUGGGACAUGUAUCGGCCUUUGACCAAAUCAUGUGAAAUUCAGUUUCUUACUUUCAAAGAUGAAAAUCCAGAGGAAGUGAACAAGGCCUAUUGGCGUUCCUGUGCCAUGAUCAUGGCAUGUGUGUUAAAGCAGGCAUUCAAAGAUGAAUACUCAGUCAGUCUGAUCAGAGCUCCAGAAGUGCCAGUGAUCUCUGGAGCUUUCUGUUAUGAUGUUGUUUUGGACAGUAGGCUUGAUGGCUGGAAACCAACAGAAGACAACUUCCGUUCUCUUACAAAAGAAGCACACAAACUAAUUCACAAAGAUCUGCCGUUUGAAACAUUGCACGUUGAAGCAAAAGUGGCAUUAGAAAUGUUUCAGCAUAACAGGUACAAAAUGGAUUCAAUAGAACAGAAAGCAUCGCAAAAUCCUGAAGGAAUAGUGAAGUUACAUAGGUUUGGUGACUUUGUAGAUAUUAGUGAAGGCCCUCACAUUCCAAGGACAAGUUUUUGCUUCCAGUAUGAAGUGACAGCAGCCCAUAAUCUCCAAACCAGCCAGUCUGAGUCUAUACGAAGGUUUCAGGGUGUGUCUCUGCCUAUUCACUUAAAGGCUCAUCACACAGUAUGGCGAAGAUUGCUGGAAAGGUCUCAGAGACUGAUUAUUGAAGAUGGCAGUCUGGAAGCAAAAGAUGGAAAUCUGGAAGUAAAAACUGUAGUAACAUAAUUCUUAAUUUUCAUGUGUAAAUUAAUAAAAUAAAAAUGUUUUGGACAUGUCUUGUGUGUUUAUGUAUAAAGAUAAAAUGCCAAGUUCAGUCCUGAUUGUUGAAGUCAACUGAGUUAACAAGGUUAAAUCAGGGAUAAAUUUAAGGCUAAUAUCUCAAUUGACUUAUUUGAUUUUCCACAUCUGUUAAAACUAGAAAUAGAUAUGAACUAAAGUUUGAAAAGAGUGAGAAAUGAAAUGUUUCGUGUAUGGUAAAACUCAACUAAUUCAUGGUAUUUUAAUAAUCCCAGAUUCUGAUAAACCUUUAUUCUGUGAGUAUUCUAUUCCAUAAAUAUCCCAUCUUGGUACACAGAAAAUAAGUGAACCAUUAACACAGAAAAUAAGUGAGCUAGUCCAUCUGUACUAAUUUGAUGUAUUUUCUUUUCAUUCAGUAACAUGCAAAACAGUUUUUUGCCAUG